GAACAGACUGAGAGAAAGCAGAAUCAAAAUGAAGAAGUUACUUGUGUUUAUCUUCUUUCUGGUCCUCAUGACCACUUUUACAGAGACUUCACCAAUUUUGACUGAAAAAGAAGCCAAACAGAUUCUGAGAACUCGUCGUGAAGACAGACGAAGAAAAGCUGGUUUCCCUGAUGAGCCAAUGAGGGAGCAUAUGCUUUACAUCCAGCGCUUGGAGCAGAGAUCAGAAGAACAAUUCCUUGAACACUGGUUGAAUCCACAUUGCUUCCCACACUGCAACAGGGAUUUAGUCCAUCCAAUCUAACGGUUUUGGCUACCCUGCAAUUGGUCUCUUCAUGGUCACUGAAGAGGAUACGUAUUAUGAUUGUGUUAAGGACAAGGUUAUUCCUGCAUUGGCUAUGUGCUCAUUGUAGAGCUGAACCUCUUUGCAAUACAGUACAAUCCUAGUGAUAUGGCAAAAGUUCCAAACAUAAAUGGCUAGAUAUAUUAUAGACCAACAUACAUAUUCUACCAGUAGGAAAAACAAGUAUUGCAUGCAUAGAUAAAUAAAUCAAGGGUUUCCUCCAAGUUCUGAGGAAUGGGCAAGGAAAAAUCACCAAUUAGUCCUCAAGUAAACUGAAGGCCACCUUUCUGGACUUUGGAGGAAACAUUAAUUUUAGCUUUGUAGGUUAAAAACCAAAAUUGUAUGAAGACACAACAUUUAUGCAACACUGAUCUAUGUUUCAUUGCCU